AUGUGGGCAGAAACGGGUUGAAGCGCAGCCUGUGUGACGUCACACUUCCUAGUUCGGCGAGAUCAAAAGCUGGGGAUUGUUCGGUGGAUUUUUUUGAUGUUUUAAUAUAAUAGUUGUAAUAAAUAUUGAAAAUAGAUAAAAUAAAUAAAUAAUAAUCCUGUGUCUGGAUCAUCGCUGAGGAGCAUGCAGAGCUCAGCAGGAGUGUGUGAGAGUGUGAGGGUGUGUGUGUGUGUGCUGUGCGGGUUACCUGCAGUAGGGAAGUCCACACUCACACACCUGCUCUGUGAUCACCUGCACACACUCGGGUGGAGGACGUUUCUUAUCUCCUAUGAUGAGUUAAUACCUGAGCAGGCUUUUCUGCUCCACACACCUAGGACAGGAGAUGAUGAUGAUGAUGAGGAGGAGGAGGAUAAAGAGCAGGCAGGGUGGAAGCAGUACAGACAGGCCGUCUUGGAGUGUGUGGAGGUUUUCCUGCAGGAGCUCAACGCUGACAUGCCUCACACACACACCGGAGGAGGAGAAGUAGGAACAGGAAGUGUGUGUGUACGGUUUAAAGAGGCCAUGAAGAAGCAGCAGAUCCUCCCCACACUACAGGACACACACUCCAGAGCCCAGCGACUCGUCCUGCUGCUCGACGACAACUUCUACUACCAGAGCAUGAGAUACAGAGUGUAUCAGCUCGCCCGCAGACGUUCGGUGGGGUUUUGUGAGGUUUACCUGCACUGCCCCCUAGAGGUGUGUCUCCAUAGAAACAGGGUGAGAGGUCAGCUGCUGCCUGAUGAUGUAAUCACUGAGAUGUCCAACCGCAUGGAGCCUCCAAACCCCGAGAAGAACCAGUGGGAGAGAAACAGUGUGACUGUGGACAACACACACUCUGUCACACACACACAGCUACAGGAGAUGCUCCAGGUGAUUUCUUCAGCAAUAGAAUAUCCUUUGAAUCCAGUUCAGGAUGAUUCAGAGCAAAAGGAGGCAGAUAGACAGCGGUGUGCCUGCAGUGUGCUGCAUCAGGUGGAUCAGGUGUGCAGGAGACUCGUCUCUCAGGUCAUGCUCACCGCCAGAGGGUGUAGACUGAGCGCAGAGAAGAUGAAGAUGUUGGCGAGGGAUCUGAGCGAGGAGAAAAGUGGCUUCCUGCAGGAACUCAGAGCUCAGGUCCUCCAGCUGCUCGCUCAGGACGAGUGCGUGUGUGUGGAGCGCGUGGUUACCAUGGCAACCGACACGUUUACACGCAGGACGCAUGUGACGAUGGAGAGACACGGAGUACAUUCUUGACGUGUGUGUGUGUGUGUGUGUGUGUGUGUGUGUGUGUCUAAUAAUAAGAUUCGCUUUAUUUUAUUCACUUUAUCGAUUAUUCAU